AUGUCCAUCAACGAACCCUAUCCUUCUGAACCCCAUGUUCAUGCGACACGUGGUCUUCAUACCAACACAGCCAUCCUUUUACAUGGUCGAGGGAGCAAUGGACGUGAAUUUGCGGAAGACUUUCUGUCUUCGCAGACAGUUGAUGGCAAAAGUCUAGCGUCCCACCUUCCCGGUUGGCGCUGGGUGUUCCCUACUUCACGCAGCAGAUGGAGCACUCGUUUUGAAGAGGAAAUAUGUUCAUGGUUUGAUGCCUAUUCUCUGACCGAUAUCAACGAGAGGUCUGAUUUACAGAUACCCGGGUUGAGAGAGUCGAUGGUAGAUAUUCUAGAGGUUAUUGAGAAGGAGAUUGAGCUGCUCGAUGGAAAAGCUGGUCGCCUUUAUAUAGGUGGAAUCAGCCAAGGAAUGGCUACCGCCUUGUGGAUAUUGUUAUGCUGCACAGCACUGAACCGACAUCAAGAAUCAAUAGGCGGAUUUCUGGGUUUCUGUGGCUGGUUACCAUUUGCGAAUCGAUUGGAAUCUCUUGACAAGCAAUUACAUGGCCACCACUCGUUGGCGCGCGGGCUUACUUCAGGAGAAAUUCAGAAACUGCUUGUUGAAAUGUUUCCCAACAUAAAGGAUUUACAAAGCACGCCACCAGCCACACGCGAAAAUCAAUUUCGCAUAUCUACACCAAUAUUCCUGAGCCAUGGCACGGAUGAUAUUUGGGUACCAGUCGAACUUGGGCGACAAGCAGCAGGGAUUUUCAAAAACCUUGCCAACCAUGUUGAAUGGAGCGAGUUUACAGGCGCCGAGGAAGACGGUCACUGGAUAAAGGAGCCCGAGGGAUUUGAUCAGAUUAUAAAAUUUAUUCAGAAGCAAUCAGAGCACAAGUGA